GAUAAAAUGAUAUUUUAAAAAUUCUAUACAAAAAAAAUAUAAUAAUAUUAUUUUUGUAUCAAAAUUUAAUAUCAAUUUUAUAUAAUUAGUGGUCAAAGUCUAUUAAUUUUAACUACAAAGCAUUAAAAUUUGACUCGUUUCUCUCUCUAGAUGGCGAGGAAACGAGGGCGACCGAGGAAGAAGGCGAUGGAGAUGCAAUCAACGCCGAAAUCAAUGACUACAAUCAUAACCGAACAAUCUGCUGAUGAUGCAAGGUCGAAGCUACAGAAAAUGAACUCGAUCCCUAAUACUCCAAUUGAGGUAUUUCCUAGAACCCUAGAUAAUACUGAAAUUCUGGAAGGAGAAGGUUCGAAUAAGACAUUGGAGCCAAAGGGGAAAAAGCCCUCAUAUGCUGAAGUGGUUGAGGGCAAAGAUAAAAUAGAAUAUGAACUUACCUUUAUCCAAUCAGAGGAAAUUAAUGGACAAUGUGUUGCUAAGAUUCUGGAAGAAGAUCUGAUAGAGGAUUUAGGUAUUUGGGAUCAGGCCAUAGUGUUAUGUGUCCUGGGAGCCAAUCCUCCUUUGGAAGUAAUAGAUGGUUAUGUGCAUCGUAUAUGGAAAGGAUUAAGCAUAGAGGAAGUGUGCUUUAUGAAGGAAGGACAAUAUCUUAUCUCCUUCAAACAAGCUGCAGAUAGGGACGAGGUUUUAAAGAGGAAAUACUAUUACUUUGAUAAGAAGCCACUGUUAGUGAAAGCAUGGAGUCCAGGAUGCCAGAUAGAUGUAAUAGAACUGAAGGAUGUACCAAUAUAUGUGACUUUCCCAGGACUUAACAUGAAAUAUUGGAGCCUUACAGGAUUGAGCAAACUUAGGAGUAUGAUUGGCAAACCUGUGAGAAGAGAUAAGGCAAUAGCCACAAGAAUUAAAUGGGGGUCUGCUAGGAUCCAAGUGGAGGUGCAGGUGCAACAAAACUUCCUUAAUGAAGAGGGCAGAAUCAUAUUCCAGUCUGUGGAAUAUGAAUGGAGACCAACCAUAUGUGAAAGAUGCAAUAGAACGGGUCAUACUGGGGAUGAAUGCAGGAAUAAACAGGAUGAUAAUAAAGGAAAAGGACCUAUAAAAAAAGUUUGGAAACCCAAACAGAAACAAGUGGAGGUCCCUAAACAGAAACAAGUAAAUGAACUUGAACCAUAUGAAAGGGAAAAUAAGGAGGAACUAGAAGAUGUGCAGGAAUAUGUGGCAUUUGACCAAGGAGAUGGGUUCCAAGAAGUUAGUAAGAAGAAAAGUGCCAGAAAAAUAACAAUAGAUAAGUUGAAUAAGGGGAGUGGAGGGAUACCCCCUACACUGGUCACUACCUCUUUUUGUCAUGAUCAUGAGCUGGAAUAUUAGGGGUCUCAAUAGCCCCAAUAAGCAGUGUGAAGUAAAGAAUUUAGUGAAUAAAUAUGGAGAUACUAUAAUGGGUAUUUAGAAACUAAAAUAAAAAAAGAGGAGGAUGAGAUUAUGAAUAAAAUGUUCAAGGAUUGGGACAAGACAACUAAUGUGAAAUGCCACCCAUUGGGAAGGAUCUGGAUGGCAUGGAAUAAAAGGAAGGUUUAGGU